AUGAUCUUAGUGCUUGAAGCGAACAAUCUUGACUGGAAAGAUUUCGAUAUAAGAGCAUUAUUCAAACGAUUUCAUAAUCUCUACUGCAAUGCAAUCUCCAACCCAUUUCAUAAAUUUGGUGAUGAAAUUCGGUCAAAAUCCUUACUGGAAGCUGCCGCACAAUUAAUAAGUACUAAUGUCGAAGUGUGA